AUGACCGAGAAUUCUGACGACCAUGUUGUUUGCAAGAUAUGCCGCAGACAGGUUUCAAAGUAUACCUGUCCAACAUGCAAUCUCCCUUACUGCUCCCUGACGUGUUUUCGCUCCCCUGCGCAUGGCGACUGCUCUGAGACGUUUUACAAGAAUGAAAUCCAACGUGAUGUCAGUGCAAACCCGAACUUGAAAGCGGAAGAGCGACUGAAGAUGGUGGAGAUGCUGAAGAGAUUCGAGGAGAUGGAAAACGAAGAUGACGAGGACGAGGAUGAUGGUUUGGCAGAGCGAUUUGAAGGUAUCGAUCUUGACAAUACAGAUGAGCUUUGGAGCCGUCUAACGCCUGCCGAGCGUACCAAAUUUCUAAAUGCCGUUGCUGAUCCUUCCAGCGAGCUCGCUCAGUCCCUUCUCGCAUCUGAAGAAUUUGAACGUUCUCCAUGGUGGGAAACGAAAGUCGAACCAGACUUCUCCAUUCUCGAGGUCCCCACGACCCUCCACCCGCGUGUUAGCCGCGCUUUGAUGUAUAAUUUGUGCGGGAUAACAAUAGCAUACGCAUACACCACUCGUCACCUCUCUUUGGCCGACCCGGGAGCCAAGGAACUGAUGAAGAAUCUUGUGCCAUUUCUUGCAGACUCAAGGUCAACAUUGGCUCAUACGUCUCUUGGGGAAGCUGUGACGGCUGUUUGCUCUCGCGGGUCCAUUGACCCGCAAGCACUAAAGGUCCUGUUGAAGGACACCACAAUUUUAUUAAAGCCUCGUAUCGUAAUGGAAGAUGGAGUCCAUCCCAAUCACCGCGCUCUCAUCAUGCUAUCAGAACUUGCAAGGUUGUUUGCAGGAGGCAAAGUGGCGAAGAAACUCAUCUUCUACGGAGCUUAUAUCAUGGAAGGACGGGGCCUAUUGGCCAUGGUAGUGAAGGAAGUGGAAGAGAUGCUCAACGCGGAGGCGGAUCAGAAUUUCCCACAACCUUCUACAAUAACCGACUUCAAGCUAGGACGAACGGCCUCCGCUAGCAUCGAAGAGAUCGGAUAA